CCUCUUCCAAGAUGGCCGCAGCCGCCUCUGUGACAGGCCUGCUCACGUGGCUGCACCCUCCUAUGAGGUCGCUGGGGCUUGGUCCGCGAUUGUCCCAUUCCAGGCUCCGUCCCCAGGCGGCGACUGUCCUUGUCAACCGGAGCCUGAACGAUCAUGGCAACGGGCUCAGGCAGGGAGCGCGUGGCAGCGGCGACAGCUUGGUCGCGACCUGGUGCAGCAGAGCGGCGGCGGCGGCGGCGGCACUGGCCCUGUCGCCGGCCUUGAGCGCCAUGCUGCCGGGCAGCCCCGAGAGGCAGCAGGCAGUCAGAUGGGAGGCGGAGGCGGCGGUGGCGGCGGCUGCAGCAGCUGCAGCGGCGAGGACGACUGAGGAGCAGGUCCGCUUGGACACAGGCGCCGCCGGGGAGCCCGAGCGCAAGCCCGGGGUGGAGCAGCGCAAGGAGCCAGGCCCGGCGCGACCCCGCGCGGCCGAGGAGGGGGAUGCUCGCGAUGCCCCGCAGCCGUCGGCCUCGCCGCACAAGUCCAAACCGACUCCCGCGCGGGACCUCUGCCCGCAUGGCAAACCCAAGAGCAAGGGCCGAAGCUGCAGGGGAAGCUCAGGCCGCUGUCCCGAGUCCCGCCCUCGGCGGCCGGUCACCGUGGACAGCUCCAAAGCCAGGACCUCGCUGGAAGCGCUGAAGAUCAGCAUCCGCCAGCUCAAGUGGAAGGAGUUUCCAUUUGGCCGACGUUUGCCUUGUGAUAUCUAUUGGCAUGGAGUUUCAUUUCAUGACAGUGACAUAUUAUCUGGUCAAGUGAACAAGUUUCCAGGCAUGACGGAGAUGGUGCGUAAAGUUACUCUGAGCAGAGCAGUAAGAAUCAUGCAGGAUCUCUUUCCUGAGGAGUACAACUUCUACCCUCGCUCGUGGAUUCUGCCUGAUGAGUUCCAGCUCUUUGUUGCUCAGGUUCGCAUGGUGAAAGACGAGGACCCUUCCUGGAAGCCCACUUUUAUUGUAAAACCUGAUGGUGGUUGUCAAGGUGAUGGAAUCUACCUCAUUAAAGAUCCCAAUGACAUCCGCCUAGCAGGAACCCUCCAGAGCAGACCCGCUGUGGUCCAGGAGUACAUCUGCAAACCUCUCCUCAUUGACAAGCUGAAGUUUGAUAUUCGUCUGUAUGUCUUACUAAAGUCCUUAGACCCCUUAGAGAUUUAUAUUGCCAAAGAUGGACUCUCUAGAUUUUGUACCGAGCCAUAUCAGGAGCCCAGCCCUAAAAAUUUGCACCACAUCUUUAUGCACUUAACCAACUAUUCCCUGAAUAUCCACAGUGGUAACUUCGUCCAUUCGGACAGUGUUAACACAGGCAGCAAGAGGACUUUUUCUAGCGUUCUUUGUAGGCUGUCUUCCAAAGGUGUUGACAUCAAGAAGGUCUGGUCUGAUAUCAUCUCCUUGGUGAUUAAGACUGUCAUUGCCCUGACUCCAGAGCUCAAAGUGUUCUACCAGUCGGACAUCCCAGCAGGGAGGCCGGGGCCCACGUGCUUCCAGAUUCUAGGUUUUGACAUUCUUCUCAUGAAAAAUCUGAAGCCUAUUCUACUUGAAGUGAAUGCAAAUCCCAGCAUGAGGAUUGAACAUGAGCAAGAACUUUCUCCAGGGGUGUUCGAAAAUGUCCCCAGCGUUGUUGACGAAGAAGUGAAAGUGGCUGUGAUCCGAGACACACUGCGCCUCAUGGAUCCGCUUAAGAACAUGAGAGAGAGCCAGCCCCAGCAGAUGGAAAAACCACCCACUGGAAAGGAGGAUACUUCAGACCAUAGCAUGGCCACUGCCCCAGAUGCCAACACCAAUCCUGAAGCCCACCUGCCCUCCAUUUGCCUCAAGCAAGUGUUCCCCAAAUAUGCAAAACAUUUCAACUACCUGCGCCUGGUGGACAGAAUGGCAAACUUGUUUAUUCGGUUCCUGGGAAUCAAGGGAACAAUGAAGUUGGGGCCUACAGGCUUUCGAACCUUCAUAAGGAACUGCAAGCUCAGCAGCAGUAGCCUGUCCAUGGCUGCAGUGGAUAUUCUCUACAUUGACAUAACAAGGAGAUGGAACUCCAUGGCUCUGGACCAGAGGGAUUCAGGAAUGUGUCUGCAGGCGUUCAUAGAGGCUUUCUUUUACCUGGCUCAAAGGAAGUUCAAGAUGCUGCCACUCCAUGAGCAGGUGGCCUCGCUGAUCGACCUGUGUGAAUACCACCUCUCCCUGCUGGAUGAGAAACGCCUGAUGUACGGCCGGAGUGGCACCUCGGGGUGCCGUCCUCCCUGCAGCAGCACCCCCCAGGAAGCUGCCCCUUCAGCUCAGCUGUCUGAGGGCACCUCCCCACCUCAACCCAGCAGUGCCAAUAAGCUCUCCCAGCCCAAACACGUCUCCUGA